AUGGCAACAUCCCUAAUUUCAACCUCUUCGUCGUCGCUCGACAGCCGCGUGCGACAGCAAGUUGGGAGCGCCUACUAUGUCACCCGCAAAUCUGACGACUCAAGCGCGUCAGACCGUGUAUACAAGAGCCGCUACACAUCGAUUUCCGUCCAAGAAGAUAUUCUCAUCUCCAAAAUCUUCUGGGUCAGGAAUAAGGCUCAGGGCCUGUUCCGGCGCAUCUCUACGGUCACCUCGCAUUCAUACUCGUUCUCACGCCCACAGCCGCGGCCGCGCGAGUACUCGAGGGGCCGGCCGCGGUAUCGAGACUGGGAGUAUUGA